CGGGCCCCUGCAUGCCGCAACGGCGGUUGUCGCCAAGAGCCUUUGUUUCCCCGCCUCAAGCAUGGUCGAUCAGCCGCCGCCCACGACGUCGCUGCAACCUCAACUCUCGCUGUUAAAUUCUCUGACAACACCCCCACCAGCGCGCACUCAUCACAUCAACCUCACAGUGUCCAUUGAGCCCCCGAAAAUCCAAAUCGCAGUCAUGUCCUCAGGCGAAACUGGUCUUCCCGAAGGCUGGGAGGUGCGCCGCUCCAAUACGAAGAACCUGCCAUAUUACUUCCAUGCUCAAACAAAAGACUCGCGCUGGGAGCCACCGGCGGGCACAGAUUCAGAGACGUUGAAGAAUUACAUGGCAUCCCACCAUAGCUCAAAGGGCGUUGUGCCCGCCCCCUUUGCACCCACCGAGGGCAAGAUUCGAUGCGCCCAUCUCCUCGUCAAGCACCGUGACAGCAGGCGCCCGGCCAGUUGGAGGGAACCCAAGAUCACGCGCUCGCAGGAGGAGGCGCGCGACUUGAUUGAGGGAUAUCAAGCACAGAUUCGAGCGUACGAGGAAGGCGCGGGAGACAAUGCUAGCUCGCUCUCGGAACUCGCCACGACCGAGUCAGAUUGCAGUAGCGCACGGAAAGGAGGUGAUCUGGGCUUCUUUGGUAAGGGCGACAUGCAGAAGGAAUUCGAGCUGGCUGCUUUCGCGCUCAAGAAGGGCGAAGUGAGCGGCAUAGUCGAGACGGCAUCGGGGAUUCACUUGAUUCAAAGGUUGGAGUAGUGUAGCGUAUGAUGUGCGUGUUUUGCCACGGGACCUCAACAGCAUGCUUGGGGCGUGAG